AUUGGAAUGGGCCACACCACACCACACCACACCCCAUCCUCGUAGGGCUUCGAAAGAAAAGGUCUACUGUCUCUGUAACAAAAAGAGCGUCUUAGGGUUUGUGGCUCAGUCUGAGGAAAUCAAUUGCCGGACAUAACCGGAAGCUCGCCAUGGGGAGGAGACCUGCAAGGUGUUAUCGGCAAAUCAAAAACAAACCCUACCCAAAAUCACGAUACUGCCGUGGUGUUCCUGAUCCUAAGAUCAGAAUUUAUGAUGUUGGAAUGAAGAAGAAAGGUGUCGAUGAGUUUCCUUUCUGUGUCCAUCUUGUGAGCUGGGAGAAGGAAAAUGUUUCAAGUGAGGCAUUGGAAGCAGCUAGAAUUGCCUGCAACAAGUACAUGGCCAAAUUUGCUGGCAAGGAUGCAUUCCAUUUGAGAGUGAGGGUGCAUCCAUUCCAUGUUCUGCGGAUCAACAAGAUGCUCUCAUGUGCUGGGGCUGAUAGGCUCCAGACUGGAAUGAGGGGUGCUUUUGGCAAACCACAAGGGACAUGCGCAAGGGUUAGCAUUGGUCAGGUUCUCCUUUCUGUGCGCUGCAAGGAUAGCAACAGCCACCAUGCCCAGGAGGCCCUCCGCCGGGCAAAGUUCAAGUUUCCUGGCCGUCAAAAGAUUAUUGUUAGCCGGAAGUGGGGAUUCACCAAGUUCAGCCGUGUCGAAUAUAUGAAGUACAAGGCAGAAAACAAGAUUGUUCCAGAUGGUGUCAAUGCUAAGCUUCUUGGAUGUCAUGGAUCUUUGGCACGACGUCAACCUGGGAGAGCUGUUCCACCUCCCACCGCCUAGACCAUUCCGCGCCAUUCAUUGCCUGAAAAUAGCAGGACUUACUCUUGAGAAUUUUAUGCAGAAGUUUUGUCUGAGAAUAGUAUUUGUGUUUUGCUACUCUAUUAUAUUAAACUUUUGUUAUGUCAAUCUAUUUGUCUUGUUUACCCGUCUA